AUGUCGCAGAACACAGGAGCAGCAGCAAAUGGUGCUAAAGAUGAUAGCAGCAGUGCGAAUAGAGCCAAUGUAUCAAGCACGUCAAAAGAGAAUCGAGUAGGAGCGACUUUGGGGAAGUUUGAUAGCAGGCCUGAAUCAGUCGAAUACAAGCGGAUCGGUAGGGCCGGGAGUGGAUACCAGUCUGAUGUUCUUAUAUGCGAAGAAUUAGUCUCAGGGAAACCGUCUGGAGAGAAAGUGGUCGCAAAAAAAGAAGUGCCUAAAUAUUCAAGCAAAUCCGCUCUUGAGCACGAGACUUUCGUUCAGGCGUAUCUCAAAGAGAAGUUGAACGAUUCUGCAUACAAUUUUAUCGUUAAAUAUAAAGGGCUGGAAGACAUGGAAGAUGUCCAGUGUCUCCUCUUCGAGUAUCUCGAAGGAGGUGACAUCAAGCAUUACAUAGAGAGUCCUGUAUCAGGCGAAGAAAGAGAAAAGCAGAUUGCAAUUUGGAUGAGAGAUAUACUGGUUGCACUCGCUAUUAUCCAUUCCCUGGACAUACUGCAUAGAGAUGUUAAGCCAAACAAUAUGAUCCACUCAGGUGAGAAUGGAAGCAGAGCAAAAUUGGCCGACUUCGGAUCUUCCGCGUUUUUGGAGCCGCCUGAUAGGAAGGUAGAAAGCAGCGGAGCGUAUAAAUACAGAAGUCCAGAAGGUCAUCUUACUAACCGAGUGAAUGAUAAAGCUGACAUCUUUGCGUUGGGAUUAUCGACCUAUGAAUUGCUUUCAAGGAGGCGACCGUACAUCAAGUCAAGUGAACAGAUUCCAGACAGAGAAUAUCUCAAUAGGAUCAGAGACAGUGCUCCAGAUUUUGACCUUCCUGAGCUCAAGCACUUUUCGGCAGAAGCCAUCGAGUUCUUAAAGAGAACGCUAGAGAAAGAUCCAGAGAAAAGGCCGAAUGCAGUGACGGCACUGCAGGACUGCUGGUUCCGUCGCUUUGAACUAGAUCCAAUUGUUAGACCCGGUGAUAAUUGGUGGUUAAUAAAGAAGACGGAUAUUGGUUCAGGGGCGAGGCCCCCAGUUACGAUUCAGAUAUGA